ACAUCAUCGCCCACGAUGGAGUUGUUCAGCAACAACUACAGCAUGUGGGCUCUGUGCUUAAUCCUCGUAGCAGGCAUUGCUGCUCGGUUCUAUGCCGGGCGAAAGCCCUACCCGCCUGGUCCCGUUGGCUGGCCGCUGAUUGGCAAUGCUCUCCAGCUGCCGGAGCGAAUGCCCUGGAGGACGUAUCUCCAGUGGAGCAGAGAUUAUGACUCAGAUGUUAUCCACUUUACCGCCCCUGGAGCGCACUUUGUGGUGCUCAACUCUGCAUCCUCGGUCUACGAACUUCUCGUCAAGCGCUCGUCGAUGUAUUCGGGCAGACCGCAUUCAAACUUCCUUCAUGACAUGAUGGAUUUUGCCUGGACGUUCGUAUUCAUGGACUAUGGAGAAACUUGGAAGAAAUAUCGAAAGGUAUUCCAUCAAGAAUACGAAGUGGAAGAACAUCAAGUCAAUAGAUCACAAGAGCUCGUCUCAGCGAGACGCCUUCUAAAGCGCUUACUAACGUCCAAAGGAAUGAGGAUUGAUCCGGACAAGGAUCUGCGUCUCGCAGCAGCUGAUACGAUUCUCUCGGUCACGUAUGGCAUCUCUCCGCGAUCUGAGUCUGAUCCGUUCAUUAAGAUUGUCGGGGAAACCACAUACCUGCUGUCGCAUGCCGCGACAGGCGGAUAUCUCGUCGAUUACUUCCACGUUCUCAAGGCCAUACCAUCAUGGUUUCCGGGUGCUGCGUUCAAAAGAUCGGCAGAACGUGGCAGGUUCUUGAGCGAGAAAAUCCGGAGUGUUCCUAUGGACUUCGUCAAAUCGGAGAUGGCCCAAGGCAGAGCGAAGUCUUCGGUAGCUUCACGCUUACUAGCUUCUGCUUUUGACGAGAAAGAAGGCAAAGAAGCCGAGGAUGACAUCAGCAAUAUACUCGGUACCGCUUAUGUUGCUGGGGCGGACACUACGGUUGCGAUGAUCGGGUCUUUCAUUCUCGCAAUGGCCCUUCAUCCGGAGGUGCAACGGAAGGCUCAGAAAGCCGUCGACGCAGCGCUUGGUCACGGUGAACGUUUGCCUGACUUCGCGGACUACGGCACGAUCCCGUACCUAGAUGCUGUCGUCGAUGAGGUCCUUCGCUGGAAUCCCAUGUCCCCUCUCGGCCUAUUUCACAGCGCCGCGGAAGAUGACUUUUAUAAGGGCUAUUUCAUACCCAAGGGCGCCAUAGUCAUCCCGAAUGGAUGGGCACUGCUCCACGAUCAAUCAGUCUAUGGUGCAGAUGCACUGGACUUCAGGCCCGAGCGCUUCAUGAGCGAUGACGGCCUCAGUCGGCGAAAGGAUGCUCCAGAUAUUGAGAAUGCUUUUGGAUACGGAAGAAGGAAGUGCCCAGGAAGAAUUGUUGCUCGGGAUACCGUUUGGAUCACUGCGGCAUCGCUAUUGACGGCCUUUAACAUCGUGGAAGCGUUCAACAAGGAUGGCAGACCGUUCGCGGUGGACGAGGUCGAAUUCACCAGCGAGAUGAUAAGUCGUCCUCCGCAAUUCACCUGUAUCUUUGAACCGAGGUCGUCGGCGACCGAAUCCUUGAUCGAGCAUGACGUUGGCGAUGCCAAUAUGGAUGGGCCAAUGUGAUCGAAAGGCGCAUGGGUUUCGGGUAAGAGGCUACUGGAUUUCCCAAGUCAUUAUGUAGGGAACACCGCACCCUCUUCAUAUCCUCUGUGCUUCAACACGUACAGAAGCGACCGCAUCGAUGAUUCGGACAUUUUCGUGACUUUAUGUCUGUAGUUUAGCAUUUCAAGAAUUUAUUUGGGGGUCUAAC